ACAACCUGUCGUACAUCGAGCACAUCUUUGAGAUCUCUCGCCGCCCGGACCUGCUCACCAAGGUGGUGCAGUACCGCACGCAGGUGCUCAAGAUCUCGGAGGAGGACGAGGUGGACACCAAGCUCACGCGGAUCCCCAGCGCCAAGAAGUACAAGG